CUAUUUCAAUGGUGCAGCUUUCCCAAGCCCCUUUCCGUCGCCCAUCACCUUCAGGCGGGUCAGAGGAGGCAGAGGAGAAGAGCAUGAAGGCAGCCAAGCAGCAGGUGAACCUGUCUGGGGAGGGCCAACCUCCCCCCAGCCCCUUGCAGUCUGCGCUGAACUCGGUGGCCUCUCCUUCCCAGGCGUAUGAGACUUACAUUGAUAAUGGGCUUAUCUGCCUCAAACACAAGAUCAGGAACAUUGAAAAAAAGAAGCUGAAACUAGAAGACUACAAAGAUCGCCUGAAGAAGGGAGAAGCCCUUAAUCAAGACCAAUUGGAGGCAGUAGAGAAAUAUGAUGAAGUAGUACACAACUUGGAAUUUGCCAAGGAGCUUCAGAAGACUUUUUCAGGACUCAGCCAAGAUCUGCUGAAAGCACAGAGGAAGGCUCAGCGAAGGGAGAGCCUAUUGAAGCUUGAAGCAGAGAAGAAGAAACUGCGUACAAUACUUCAAGUCCAGUAUGUGCUGCAGAACUUCACUCAAGAGCAUGUUCAGAAAGAUUUUAAAGGUGGUGUGAAUGGUGCAAUAUACUUGCCUUCUAAAGAACUAGACUACCUCAUACGAUUUGCAAAGCUGACAUGUCCAGAAAGAAAUGAGAACUUGAGUGUUGAAGACCAGAUGGAACAAUCAUCUCUCUACUUUUGGGACCUUCUAGAAGGAAGUGAGAAACCUGUGGUUGGAACAACAUAUAAACAUAUGAAGGACCUGUUAUCCAAACUCCUAGACUCUGGCUACUUUGAAAGUAUUCCGACUCCUCGUGCCACUGUGCCAGUAAAAGAAUUGGAAGAAGUAAAUAGAAAAUCUGAGAGAACAAGACAGAUGUCAAAAGGAGAGUCUGUCAAAGAACCAGAAUCCAUUAUGGAGCUUAUGAAGUCUGAGAUACAGCCACAGGAGUUUCUCAACAGGCGUUAUUUGCCUGAAGCAGAAUACUCUGUCAAGAAGAAGCCAGAAGAGCCUAAAUCUUGGGAUGCUGAGUGUAUUAGAAAGCAAGAACAUCCAAAGUCCUGGGAAAUGCUUGUUGAUGUUGAAGAGCAGGAACAGAAGCAGAAACAAGAGACCUUAAAGCCUUGGGAAGCUCGUGUUAGGCAGCAAGAACCAAAAAGACAGGAUUCUCCAAAGCCUUGGGAAGCCCGUGUUAAAGAGGAACAGCAGCGUGAGUCUACAAAGCCCUGGGAGACCCGCGUUGAGGAGGAAGAACAGAAGAAGCAAGAAGCUCCAAAGGCCUGGGUAGCACGUGUCCGAGAGGAGCAGGAGUCCCCCAAACCUUGGGUAGCAAAGGUUAGGGAAGAGCAGGACCAGAAGAAACAGGAAUCGCCUAAGCCUUGGGUAGCAAAGGUUAGGGAAGAGCAGGACCAGAAGAAACAGGAAUCGCCUAAGCCUUGGGUGGCAAAGGUUAGGGAAGAACCAGAACAAAAGCAGGAAUCUCCAAAGCCUUGGGUAACCCAGGCUAGGGAGCAGCCAGAACAAAAGAAGCCAGAGUCUGUGAAAUCCUGGGAAAUGCCUGUUAGGGAAGAGCAGCAGCAAGUGCCAUCACAGCAGUUACAGAACCCUCCGAAGUCCUGGGGAGCUGCAAGUGUUGGGCCAAAGGAGCAGAUGGGGCCAAAGAAGUUUGAUAUGGAACCCAAAGAAGUGCCUAAAUCUGUACAUCAGCCAGCUGCAGAAUUUUGCUCUACUUCAACUCUUCCAAAAGAUCCAGUAUUGAGACGUGAAAAACUUCAGGAUCUAAUGACUCAGAUACAAGGGACUUACAACUUCAUGCAAGAGUCCAUUCUGGAUUUUGAUAAAGCUUCACCAAGUGCCAUUGGUUCAUCCCAACCACCCUCAGUUACUCAAAGUAGUCCUGUAGCUUCAAAAGAACAGAAACUGCCAAGUCAGAGUGAUUUUCUUCAACAGCCCCUUCAAGCUGCUGCUUCAUCUGUGACACUGCAUGGUUCAAAUACUUCCCUAGCAUCUGCUGAUCAGACCCUUUCUGGCUCUGAAACUGAAGACUUGGUGACGCCGCAGAAGCCACAGGCAACGAUUCCCCUCCCAAGUGAGCCACAGUCACCAUUGCCUACUUCAAGCACCUCCAUGUCGCCAGUACCACCAGCGCAAAGCUUCCAGUCUCCUCCAGCAAGCAGCAGUUCUGUCACGAUAACAGCGGCUCCCUUUCAGGCUAUGCAGACUGUGUUUAAAGUGAAUGCACCACUGCCUCCACGUAAAGACCAGGAAAUUAAAGAGGAAUCUUCGUAUUCAUCAGGAUAUAACCAGAGUUUCUCUACAGCAAGUACACAGACCCCUCCUCAAUGCCAGUUGCAGUCUUCUCAUGUUGGUGAACAAACCUCUCUUUCACAGGAUUCUCUGUCUUCAGCAGUGAAUUAUCAACCUGAUGGAGCUGUUCCUGUUAGCAAUGGUAGCCUUGCCUUUUAUCCAGCACAGAGUAAUGUUAUUCCCAGACCCCCUCAGCCUUACCUUAACAGUCGUGGGUCUGUCAGGGGAUCUGCUAGAGGUGGAAGGUCACUGGCUAAUUCGUAUCGUUCCCCUGGAGGGUACAAAGGUUUUGAUGCUUACAGAGGCUCACCUUCAAUAACUAAUGGCAACUAUGGCCAGCUGCAGUUCCCUGGAAGAGAUUAUGCUGGAAUGCCAUAUUCUCAGAGGGAUGUGAAUUACCAGCAGUGCUAUAAACGAGGUGGGAUAACUACUGGUCCUCGAGCAAAUUCCAGAGCAGGGUGGAGUGAUUCCUCUCAGGUGAGCAGUCCAGAACGAGACAAUGAGACCUUUAACAGUGGGGACUCUGGGCAGGGAGACUCCCGCAGCAUCACCCCUGUUGAUAUGCCAGUGACGAGCCAAGCUGCCACCAUACUACCAGUGCAUGUCUACCCCCUCCCACAGCAGAUGAGAGUUGCCUUCUCUGCUGCUAGAACAUCUAACCUGGCCCCUGGAACUCUCGACCAGCCCAUUGUGUUUGACCUGUUGCUGAACAACCUUGGAGAGACUUUUGAUAUCCAGCUUGGUAGGUUCAACUGUCCCGUGAAUGGUACAUAUGUCUUCAUCUUCCACAUGCUGAAACUGGCUGUAAAUGUUCCCCUGUACGUGAAUCUCAUGAAGAACGAAGAGGUCCUAGUGUCAGCAUAUGCAAAUGAUGGGGCUCCUGAUCACGAAACAGCUAGUAACCAUGCAGUCCUGCAGCUGUUCCAGGGAGACCAGAUCUGGUUGCGUCUGCAUCGGGGAGCCAUCUAUGGAAGUAGCUGGAAAUACUCCACCUUUUCGGGAUACCUCCUUUAUCAGGACUAAAAUCCAGUGCAAUGUUUACAAAAGCUGCUCCAAACACCUUGGUGGAGGGGGGUGGGACUAGCUUUGCACUUACUACUGACUUCAUAGAAGGUAUGUGGUUCCAUGAUUGGGGGAAUGAUGGUCCUGUUGUGCAAGGUGAAAUCAUGGAGUUGGGGUACUGAAUCAGCACUAAUUCGGCACUUUAUCAGUUGUGAUGUAGCCUUGCUAGUAAAGCUGUGAAUGUAUAUUGUUUGCACUUACCCUGAACUGUAUUAAUGUCUAGCUUACUACACUAUUGAUUGCCUCAAGUAUGGGCUAUUCACAAUGCCUUGUUGUGCCUCAAUAAAACAAGUUAAUAUGCAUUUUAG